CAAAGGAGCCGCUGCUGCUCCCUGGUUUGUGCGGGGCGCGCGGAGCAUUAACCCCUCCGUGCCCGGCCGGGGGGGGCUUUCUCCAGCUGGGCCCCGCCCCCUGGGCAGCCCAGGGCUCUGCCCGCCCCAGCCCCGGCCCGGAGCCCCCGGCUGCAGAAUGACGUCCAUAUUUCAGUCAACCUCAUCCCAUCUUCCCAUGGGACAUAGGAGAGAAAUGGGUGCAGAGGAGUCAGUCCAGGGGCCGGUGACCUUCGAGGAGGUGUCUGUGUAUUUCACCAGGGAAGAGUGGACUCUGCUGGACCAUGCUCAGAGAGUUCUCUGCAGAGACGUCAUGCAGGAGACCUAUGAGAAUGUGACCUCGCUGGAGCAACUUCUUUACAAAUUGAACCCUGGAACAAAGGACUGAAUGACCCAUCCAAACUGUGGAUGUGUUCCAGACGGACUUUCAAGCCAGCAACUCACCAGUACUGCUAAGAACCUGAUAUAUAGAUUUCUGAAGGUAUCUCACUGCUUUCCAAUUUAACAACUUUUUUCAUGUUGUGUAUUGUCUUUCCAUGCUAAAGGAUUGGCUGGCACUGUGGUAUUUUGGGUAAGAUCCAAACCUAUAGUGAUCUUUUAAUG